AUGGACAGGCAGACGACUUUGCAAUGUAUCUCCUUUGCAGUCCUCAUAUCUUCACUAGCCGCACCCAUCUCAGCAGCCGAUUGCGUAGCCCUAAACCCAAACGGACCUUUACAGAUCACCACAGAUUGCACUGAUCCUCUUUAUGGUAGUCCAGUCAUCGACCUCGAGGAAAAGGGGAGCGGUUCGACACACUAUCACAGAAUCGCCGGCCACUUUAAUGGAACCAAUGUUGAUUUCAGCAUUUAUCUUCCCAAGAAGUCGUCUUGGAAAGGUCAUUUUUUCCAACUGACCUAUCCUUCGCAGAAUUCGACCGCAAGUUCCCGUGCAAUUGCUUUUGGAGCUGAUAGCGGCGCCUAUACAGUGCAAGCGGCUGGAACUCAAGGAUAUCGCGCCGAUGCGGCCCUUGCAAAAUUUUCGCGCGAAAUUGCGCGGGCUUACUACCAGGAGUCUUCAUCCCGCCAGAUCCACGGGUAUUUGUACGGAGGAAGUGGCGGCUCUUACACCACAGUUGCAGCUAUGGAGAACACAAUCGGCGUUUGGGAUGGGGCAGUUAUCUUAAUCCAGGCAAUACCGAUAAGCAUCCCGAAUAACUGGUGCAUCCGUGCUUUCGGAUCACUUGUGCUGGGAAAGAAGAAAAAUCAACUCAUCGAUGCUGUCAGCCCAGGUGGCAGUGGUGACCCGUUCAGCGUCCUCAACAACGUGGAGCGGGCAGCGUUGAAGGAAGUUUCCGCUCUGGGUCUACCACUUUCGUCAUUGGAGAACUUCGACGGCGUAUUUCGGAAUCAAUCAUAUCCGGGCGGUACUGGGCUUUGGGAUGUUCUCCGAUUGAUAGCAGUACCCAACAUUCGAGCUGCGGAUCCAACUUUUUCGAACGACUUUUGGACGCAACCUGGAUAUCUAGGCACAAAACAAUCCUCUCUUGGCGAUAUCUUCCGAAAUAGUCUGAUUGAAUUCAAUGCCACAGUGCAGCAUAUCACUCAAAGCCAAAUUCAUGCUCCGGUCGCAAUCGCACUUAAUGAUACUCCAUCGAGUAUCGAUACCAAUGGCCUUGAAUUCAAUGUCAUAUCCGCGAACGGCGAUCAACAAGGCUAUUUUACUGGCGCUUUGGACUUACAAACUAACGAAGUAGUUAUACAUCCGGAGAGUAAUACAACAGUGGUGGCGUCAAUUACGAAUGGUUCACAAUUGUACAUCAACAAUAGAUGGUAUCUCGCUAUUCACAGCUACUACCGCCAUCAAGUGCCCGAGAGCAGGGACUUUUAUGGUUAUGACUUUCUUCGAGAUGCAGACGGGCGGCCUCACUACCCCCAGCGUUCUUUAACUCUGGGACCGGGAAUCGCCAGAGCAUCUAGUGGCGGUGGGACCCAUACUGGAAAUGUCACGGGCAAGAUAAUUGUAAUCGAUAAUCUUCAGGACUAUGACGCAUUCCCAUGGCACGCCGAUUGGUACCGGAACCAAGUUCAACGAGCCCUCGGCGAUCGUUUCAGCAACCAUUAUCGGCUGUACUACGAAGAGCAUGCAGAUCACCACAUGGGCCCUAUCCCCGCGGAUCAGACAGGUCGAGUCAUUGACUGGACGAGUAGCUACGAGCAGAUGCUGAAUGAUUUGAGCGCCUGGGUAGAAGAAGGCAAACCUCCUCCCAAAGACACGCAGUAUACAGUACAAGAUGGCCAGAUAAUACUUCCGGCAACAGCCAAGGCGCGUUAUGGAUUUCAGCCAGUUGUUGAACUGACUGUCAAUGGAAGGUCACGCGCAGAGGUUCACGUAGGUGACAAAGUAACGUUCAAGGUGUAUGCCGAGGCGCCACCAUCAACUGGGUCGAUCGUAUCGUUGGAGUGGGACUUUGAAGGAACUGGUCACUAUGUGAAAAGCAAUAUAAGCAAACUCGGACCAAUUCUGGAUACAAAGAUUACCCACAGGUACCUAACAGGAGGGAUAUAUCUUCCUGCUGUUCGGGUUGCGUUACAGAGGGAGGGUGAUCCGGAGACUCAAUUCAGACGAGUCCUGAACUUGGGACGCGCGCGUGUGAUCGUAAAUUAUCAAUAG